UAAGUUGUUCCAAACUGUUGAGUACAAAAGAAGAUAUUUUGAAGAAAGUGGGUACCAAACAGUUGACGGAAACCAUUGACUUCUACAGUGGAACUAUUGGGCUACCGUCAACUUGAGGGUGAGUAAAUGAUGACAGAAUUUUUGGGAAAAUUCCAAAAUGUUUUUUACAUGUGUUACAGAUCUUAUUGUGGAUGAUACAUCCAUAUGUUUAUUUUUUUCUCCAGACUUUUUUUUUAUUUUUAUUUUUUACUACAGUCUUCUCUCUCUGGUGACCUGCUGGACUUCUUUGAUCAUUUAGUCGAGUUAAACAGUCCCAGCACGAUUUAGUGAGACUUUUUUUUUUUUUCAUGAUUUUUGUGACCUAAAAUGAUUGAAUUUACUACGGCUUUUCAAAAAAAAAAAAAAAAUUAGUGUUAUUUGCGGCAUUUUUUCCUGUUGUUUCACAGUAAAGACGCAAUGCUGCAUAAAAGCCAGAAUAAAUCAUUGUAUCAAAGUAUACAAUCACAGAUGCUGUGUAAAUGCAUUUAUGCCACCUCUGAGCAGCAUUAAACAGUCAGUGUAAAGAAACCACUACUGAAGCACUUCUAUGCAACCUUUUUGGUGUAAAUUUGGCAUAAUUAUGGAUAGUGACAGUAAGAGAUAAAUGAAUAUUAUUCUUUUUUUUUUUGCAAAUAUUAUUUUCACCCUCAGUUUUUUUUUUUUUUGUCAGGAACAUUGCUAAAAAAAGACAAAAAUGCUAUCUGCUGCAAAUAAUGCGGAGUUUGCUUGAUUUUGCAUUUAAUUCUGCAUUACAGAAUCGACCGCAAGCUCACAUCUCAAAAUCCAAUCAACAACCAAAAAAUAGAAUUAACCCCACUUUACCUUUUUCAUUAUCCAUUACCCUCAGAUAUGCUUCACAAUAUGGAAGAAAAGAUCUGUGGCUACUUCUGUGACUUCAAAGUAAAAAUCAAAUAGAGUUAGACCAGGUUUAUAUCCUUAAUUUAACAUUUAUUGAAUCAUGAAAAACAGUAGUCUUUAUGACGGGGGAUUCAAAAAUAAGAGAGCUUGGCGAAAUUAGCCAAAAUGGAAUGGCAUAUUGGAUGCGAAGCAAAAAGUGACAUUUUUACUAUUAUAAAUUAUGAAAACAAACAUUUUCUUAAAAUGUAUAAUAAUAAUCAAAUAAAAAUGUUAAAAACGUUAACUUAAAAUGUUUAAUAAUAAUUAAAGAUCUACUUUAAAAGUUUUUUUUUUUUUUUUUCCAAGAAUGUUUUAUUCGUUACAAUAUUAGAACAGUUGUACCAUCCUGACAUGUUUGACCAUAAAAAAUGUCAAAAUGAAUUUUAAUUAAGAAAUUAAAAACAUUCUCAUAAUAGAAGGUGUGUUUCUGUGUAAGUUUUUUACAUUGAUACCUCAGGACAUCAAGUCAUUUCAUUGACUUGCAAGAAUUUAUCACAUAAUUCACAAUAAGACUAGGAAUUUGUAGUAAGAAUGUAAACACGGUCAUCUUUUAUUAUACUUUGCAUUAAUUUAACCUGAAAAAAAAAAAAAAAGUAAUGAAAAAAACCCAAACAUUAAAAACGGCAUUUAUGCAAAAUUGUAUCAUCUAAUAUUUUAUCUACAGUAGACGUUCAUUAAGGCUAAAGCGGUCAAGGGUAUGACCUUUGAGACUGUUUGAAGAACCGUUCUGUUCUGAAAACUAUGAGCCAGACUGAAAGCGGUGUUUUAUUGCGUACCAGCUUAUGAAAAAGUCGCACACAGGUCUUCUCAGAUAACCUGCCAAUGUCCUAAUCUUGUCCUUGUUGCUCGUGGCCGAUUAUCUCGAUCACACCAUGAAUUGCACCCCCUGCUAUUGGUCAUGUGACCUGUGCACAAAGGGUCCAGUCUUCUUCGCUUGGUCCAACUUAUUGGUUUUCAGACAAAAAGAAAACAACAGAGUGAUUGUAAAGAUAAGACUUGGGGAUAAUUAACAGCAAAUCCAGACUCAACAAACGUAACACUCCAUCAUCCAUUGGUUGUGAAGAAGGGAGGAGGUUUGUUGGUGUGAAGCUGAAUGAUUUCUUUGAGCGUGAGUGGUUGUAAAAUGUGGUCUCUGUUGUGAGGACCGUUACAUAUAAAGGCGACCCAUCCCAGUAACGUGAAGUCCAACCAUGAGUCCAUGCGUCUUCUCAAUCUUGGUGAUUUUGUGGCCAGUAAUGGCUAUGGAGGUGUCCACCUUGGAGGGCCAGCAGAUCCUCCAAGCCUUGCACUGUCCGCCCUGCGAACGCAUCCAUUGUUCCCCUCGUCGAGCGCUGAAGCUCCAGUGUCAGGGUGGAAUCACCACUGGGAUUUGUGGUUGUUGUCCAGCCUGUGCUAAACUCGCGGGAGAAAGCUGUGGAGGCACCUGGGACUACCUGGGGAAGUGCGAUGAAGGGUUGGUUUGCAUUUACCCUGAAGAAACAGGUGGAAAACCAGAGGCACAACGCAAGGGAACCUGCAAAUCAGUGCUGGAGGUGCUCAAAGCCGACACUUGCAGGUCUGAGUGCACAUGGGAGUUCUGCAAGACAAAUCCCAAUGAAAUAUGCUCAGCCAGGUCUGUAUCGCUGGAGAAGCGUGAGUGUGGAGGUCACUGCCAGCACACGACCUGCUCCAGCUGCCUGGUUCUCAGACCUCCAUCUUGUCCUCAGUCCUGUUCCCCAACAGACCACGUGUGUCUGCAUCGCUUCGGCAGGUGUGUGCGAGAAAAACACCCACCCGUCUGCCACCAGAACCUACAGAAUAACUCUGAGGGAUUCUUUGUGUGUUUGGCUCCUGCUUGUCCAACUGCAGCAAACUGAUUCUACUUUUGAAGAAGAAUCCCAAUAAUGUAAUCCAGUUCUAAAAUGUAGCAUAAAAGGCAGCUAUUUUUAUUAAUGCAUUUCAUGACUAUUUAAAAAAAAAAAAAAGAAUGCUGUGAAAUUACUCGCAUUAUUGUUGUACAGCUUUUGUUAUACAAUCUAAAACACAAUGUUUCUGUCAGUAAAACUUGCUAAAACCAUGUUAAAACUGCAUUUCCAUGGCUACUAAUAAUAUAUUAGUCAGUUUUUUUUCUAAUAUUUAUAUGUGCAAAUGUUAAAUGAAUAAAAUUGCAUUUUAAUUUCAGAAAACUCUCUUUUUUGUAUAUAUAUAAAAUGGACUAAUAAGGUCAGACUGACCCCUUCAGAAAAAAGUGCCCACUGUAAACACGUUCCCACUCCUGUCGGGACUGUUACUGAAUAACAAUGUUUUUAUGAGCCUGCAAUUAGACGUCCAUCUAUGAGCCAGAACAAAGCCCAGAUCCAUAAUACAUCAACCUGUCCACAAUUCUUUUGAUGUCUGUCUCAUAUGAAACUGCAUAAAGGAUAGAAACUGAUAAACGUGUUGGCAUUAAAUACUGUUUAUAUUAUGCCUCCAAACAUGCAACAAAUAAGCACUUUAUUCAUUGUUUUAAUAUUGAAUAACUUAUCUUUUUCUUAGUUAUGCCAACAGUGAUUUUAACUUAUUUUAUGAAUGAAAAGUAAGUUAUUA